AUGCCGAAGGGAAAGAAGGCCAAGGGGAAGAAGGUGGCCCCGGCGCCGGCCGUAGUCAAGAAGCAGGAAGCCAAGAAGGUGGUCAACCCUCUUUUCGAGAAGAGACCCAAAAACUUUGGAAUUGGGCAAGAUAUCCAGCCCAAACGGGAUUUGACUCGCUUUGUGAAAUGGCCUCGCUAUAUCCGACUCCAGCGCCAGAGAGCCAUCCUCUACAAGAGGCUGAAGGUGCCCCCUGCGGUAAACCAGUUUACUCAAGCCCUGGACCGGCAGACAGCCACUCAGCUGCUGAAGUUGGCUCACAAAUACAGGCCUGAGACCAAGCAAGAGAAAAAACAGAGGCUGCUGGCUCGGGCAGAGCAGAAAAAAGCUGCAGGAAAGGGUGACGUGCCAACCAAAAGGCCCCCUGUGCUGAGAGCAGGCGUGAACACAGUUACUACAUUAGUGGAAAAUAAGAAAGCUCAGCUGGUGGUGAUUGCCCAUGACGUAGACCCCAUUGAGCUGGUGGUUUUCCUGCCUGCCUUGUGUCGGAAAAUGGGUGUCCCCUAUUGCAUCAUCAAAGGCAAAGCCAGGUUGGGUCGCCUUGUCCACCGAAAAACCUGCACCUGCGUAGCCUUCACCCAGGUUAAUCCGGAGGACAAGGGAGCUCUGGCUAAAUUGGUGGAAGCUGUCAAGACCAACUACAAUGAGAGAUACGAUGAGAUUCGGCGUCACUGGGGCGGAAAUGUCCUGGGUCCCAAGUCUGUGGCUCGUAUUGCUAAGCUUGAGAAAGCCAAGGCUAAGGAACUGGCCACCAAGCUUGGGUAG